AUGACAUAUGCACAAGUGUUGCCAUACCUCCUUGAUUUGAAUUUGGUCCAAUUGAGGACUUUGGCCACUCCUGCUAAGUUGCCUGCCGAUUGGGAUGCCAAUGAAAGAUGUGAAUUCCACUCUGGGCCACCUGGACAUAAUAUUGAAAAUUGUAAAGCAUUGAAGCAUAAAGUCCAGGAUCUUCUCGACUCUAAAGCCAUCGAGUUUACUCCUACUCAAGGGCCUAAUGUUGUUCAGAAUCCUAUGCCUCCCCAUGGAGCUCAUGCGGCAAAUGCCAUUGAAGUUGCUGAAGAUACCCGUUUGGUCAAUAGUGCGAUUGAAUUAGGCUCUCUCUUGCCAUUAUUGAAGAAGGAAUUAGUGAGAAUGCGUCUAUACUCUGGUUGUGGAGAAUUUUGUACUGAUUGCAUAGUCGGAUCCUCAGUUUGUGAUAAGGUGAAAAGCGGUAUUCAACAGUUGAUAGAUAGUGGGUAUCUACAGUUUGAGCAUGUGCGACGUCCUGAAAUGGUUGAAAACGAUGUUAAUGUGGCAUGCAUCCCGUAUACUCCUGCCAAGAUUCCAAUCCCUGCCAGAGCACCUCCUUUGGUUAUUACGCUUCCUGGUCCUGUCCCAUAUAACAGUGAAAAAGCAAUACCUUGGAACUAUGGGGGAAAGGUUUUCUACCAAGGGGCCAAAUAUGAGGUUAAAGCGCCGGUUGAGAAAGAAGACGUUGAUAACGUUGUGGGCAUUGGAAGAAUGACGAGAAGCGGUCGUAUUUUCAAUCCUCCCCAGAAUACUCGCGAUGUUAAUACAGAAGCCCUAGCCCAAGCAAAAGGGAAAAGAGUGGUAGAAGAUACAGUUGAUAAGGGACAAAGCUCUAAUCCUGAAGAUACUGUGGCUAAAGAGAUGGAAGAGUUCCUAAAGAUCAUCAAGAAAAGUGAGUAUAAAGUGGUUGACCAGUUGAGUCAAACUCAAUCAAAGAUCUCGAUCUUGCAGUUGAUCUUGUGUUCCAAAACACAUCGAAAUGCUUUGUUAAGGCUUUUAAGUACUGCUUUCGUUCCUCCAGAGAUCUCAGUGAAUCAACUUGAAGGGGUGGUGUCAAACAUCAAUGCUGGUAAUGGAUUGGGAUUCACUGAUGCAGACUUGCCCUCCGAAGGUAGAAACCACAAUAGAGCUUUGCAUAUAUCAGUGGAAUGUAAAGGGACUAUGUUAUCUCGUGUUCUCGUGGAUAAUGGAUCUUCUCUGAAUGUAUUACCGAAGUCGUCUUUGAUGAGGCUAGAUUAUUCUGGUGUCGAGAUAAGGCCGAGUGAAUUGACAGUGAAAGCCUUUGAUGGGUCAAAGAGAUCAGUAUUUGGGGAGGUUGACUUGCCGAUAAUGAUAGGACCUCAGCUCUUCACUAUUACCUUCUUUGUGAUGGAUAUCCACCCGUCUUACCGUUGUCUCCUGGGACGUCCAUGGAUCCAUGAUGCUGGGGACGUGACUUCCACAUUGCAUCAGAAACUCAAAUUCGCGACUCAAGGAAAGAUAGUCACAAUAUGUGGAGAGGAAGAACACGUGGUAAGCCAUCUUGCGUCCUUCAGGUAUAUUGAUGUGGAAGGAGAGGUCCACGAGACGCCUUGCCAAGCCUUUGAGGCUGUCCAGACUAUCAAGAUCCCUUAUGUUGACAAUAAGAAGUUGGAGGCUCCCAUGUCUUCACUAAAGGAAGCUAAAGCUGUGGUUGAAUCUGGUCAUCCUGAAGGAUGGGGCCGAGUCUUGGAUCUACCAAUCAAGCAGGAUAAAUGUGGGAUUGGAUAUCAGUUGGGUCAGAGUUCAUCUAAUGAGGCCUCCAAAAAGCCCGGAACCUUCGUUCCGAUCAAGUUCUCUAGUGCUGGCAUCGUCAAGGAUCAUAUUUGUGCUGCUGAUGAUGAUAUGGAUAGUGAUUACGACAUUGAAGAAUGGAUCAAGCCGUGUGUCCCAGGACAGAAGCUUCUCAACUGGUCGUCCGAGGACAUCAUCUCAAUUGCUUCUGAUCAAGAGUAA